AACAUUUGCACUUAAGCAUUUAAAAGACCUCUAACGCCCCUACUCAGCACGCUAGCAUGCAAGCUAAAUCUAACUUGCCUACAAUUUAUGAUAAGACCAAAACCAUUUUCCCCUCGCACGCACGCACAUACAUAUAUACCGCCACUCAAGCGUGUGUAGUAUUUGAUUGACUACUGCUGAGCGACCGCCGCCGUCACCGCCAUAAUAAUUAGUCGACACAAUGCCGAGCUCAUGUAACGUACACCGCAAUUAUUGUCUGGCUGUCUAACGGUAUGCCUGUCUAUUUUCCAAGCCUGUCAACUGAAUAGCACAACUGAUUGCGAGUUGAGUGAAAUAAACCAAAUUGUCUGCGUACGCAUAAACAAACACACAUAGUACAUAGCUGUCAGUCAGUCAUUCGAAGCUGGGUGUGUGCACCGCACAAUUGCAGCAAAGCAAUAGCAACAACACUAAGUACGGCAACAGUAACAACAACAACAACCGCAAUUUGCCAUCAAUUACACAUUACAAUCUCGCCUACUUGCUGCUGUUGUCUAUCUACGUGCUUUACGGCAUUGUGUUACGUUUGCACGUAAACGUACGGACAGCGUGGUGUGAGCAAAUGUCCGACACCAAUCAACAAUGGCUCAGCAAGUGUCAUCGUUAAAACUGUUAGCGGCGCUACUCUUGGUCGUUGUCUGCUGCUUCGCCAACAGCUGUUGCAAUCAUCAGACGCAGACGCAGGCAAUUGCGGCGGCAUGGCCGGAUAAUGCGGUCGGCAUUGGCGUUGAUGGUGGUGUGUUAGCGAAUGAUAUUGUUGUUGGUGAUGUCGCUUUGGCUGUGUCGCGCGAUGCAAAUAAUUGCUUUGAGAGAUUCUUGCUGGAGAGUCGUAAUGCGAGCAACACCUAUGCGUCGGCAUAUCGUGCAUGUCAAAUGUUGGGCCGACAGCGGCGUAUGGAAUUUGUGAGCGCCGAAUGGUCAACGCGACAGGAAAUGGAGGAGCAAGUGACAGUGAUGUGUAAGAAUCUCUGUGAUUGUAUGCAAAUUGUGGAGGAUCUGGAAUACUUUCAAUGUAAUGCGCAACAUUCCUACAAGAGUGUGCACACAAUGCAACAAGUAUACUUGAAUUCAAGCGCCGCCAUUGUGGAACUGGAGGAUAAAUAUGAAGAAGCGGAAAAGGAGCUACUGCUGUGUAUUAUCUCAGCCGAGCAGCAAUAUGUAGAUGCGUCAAGCAAAGCGUUUCUGAAACUGUCGAAGUGUCUGAAAGCGACAUGAAACUAUUUUGAAAAAUAAUUAUCUAUUAAUAUUAGUAGAGUAAAGGAGAAUGUAAGAGUUAAACUAAUUUAUUUAUGGCACACUAUAAUUUUGUAUUGAUUUAAGUUUUAUUUAUUUGAUUAAAGGAGAUUUAUUGUUAUUUCUUGAUACAAUGUAUGUAAAUAAUUAAGUACUAGUGCUGAACUUUAGCUCGUGUUGAGUUAAAUGUCUGCACAAAUAGUUAAAGAGAGUAUGUAUAAAUAUGAAAUGUUAAUCAUAUAUACGCAUGUAGUACUUAAGUAAAUAAUACAGUGUAAAAUAAAUAGAUAACACCAGAAGA